AUGUUGUCCCAAACCGGUCGCACUGGUCGAUACACUCUGAGAGAAAAAUUCAAAGAAUUUGAACGUAAUGUGACUCCAGAUGAACCUCUCUUGGAGUCCUUGGAGAAAUAUGGUGAGCAAGCGAAGGAGGUGCAGCUCACUUUGAAGCACAUUGGUCCAUUCCUUGGGGAAGAAACAAACCAGCCCAAAGCCCAAAUGAGGCGAGUGGAGGGGACAGGGAGAGUGCGCAGAAGCAGCGGGGCAAUUGCCCAACACCGCCAGAGCCUCCCACUGCUAUCACACCUCUGCCUCCACUCCGAGCCACCACCCGAGGAACCAAAGGGACCCAGGAGGAAGUCACUAACGCUAUUGGGGGAAGCAUGGGGUUGGCUGGAAAACUUGGGCAGAGGCAGGAAGCAGCAAUCAGGACAAGAUAAGGGGACAGACAAGGAGGGCAAUAAAGGAAAUGGGCACACAGAUAACACAUCUCUGAGACCAACCAAAAAUUCCCUGGCUUCUGGGAAGCCACAAGCAAGAGACAAAAAUAGAGUUCCACUACAUCAGCCUUUUAUCAGUUGCCUUGGGAUCCGUGGGAGAUGCACUGAUGAGAGUGAUGUAUGUGAGAGACGAGAGGAAGAGGAACAGAAAGGGACCAAGGAGGACCUGAAAACAUUAAAUUCAGUUGUUCCUCUGGUCCAAACAAUCCAUCAAGAGACAGAGAGUGAGGAGAUUGUAGAGUUAAGAAGACUAGUUGUCCAACAAGAGGCUAGUCUGCAAGAACUAAAUCUCAAAAUCAAGUCAACAGACCAGUUGGUCCUUGAGCUCGAGCAGCAGCAAGCUACCAGGGACUUCUCCGAGCUGUUACUGGAAGAGGAGGAACAGCUCAAGUUCUGGCUGAAUGAACUUAAGGCGGAGGAAGUCUUUGAGAGAGACCUCCAGAGGCAGUUCUUUCAGAUAAAAGAGGAAGCUGCUGAGUGCAAAGAUAAACUGGAAGAGUACAAACAGAAACUGCAAGCGACGGACUUGAGAUACUUACAGCAGCAAACAGAACAUGAAACCAUCACCGGAGAGAAUAUCCAAGCAGAUGCACCAAAACUUGUCCAAAAAACUGUCAAACAAAUACAGAUCUCAGCAGACGGAUCACAUGGAGAUAGUGGAACAAAAAGAGUGGUCACAACGUUGGAGUCCAAACUCCCAUAUGUGCUUGUUUCAGCAAACCAGAUAUCUAAUCCUCCUCCAAGCAGUCCAGAAGAUCUGAGGCAAUGGUGGACACGAUGGUCUCAGAGCCAGAACCCAACAUCAGUGACAAAACCUAAGAUGCACCGCUCUGAAAUCACCAUACAGUUAGGAAGCACCAGAGUUUAA